AUGUAUUAAAAUGGAGGCGGAGGUAUGGCAUAAUUUGGCUAAAUGGGCUUAAAUCAAUUUAGUUAAAUGCAAACUCCUCAAGCAGGAGGACCAGUAAUGAUGCCAAUGAUGAUGAUGCCACCACAAAUGUAUGGAUAAAAUAUGAUGCCAAAUUAACCAAUGAUGAUGAUGCCUGUAGGAGGAAAUAUGGCACAAUCUUAAAUAAUGUAAAAUAAUAAUUAAAGUAACCAAAAUAACUAGCAAAAUGAUGAUAUAUAGUAAAAAUUUGGGUAGAAUUAAGGAAUGUAAAAUGAAAAUAUGAUGAGAAGGAACUAAAGCUAAGGAAACAUUUAUUAAAAUAUGCCUGUGAGUAAACCAAGCGAGGGCUUUUAAGUCUAAGAUCGAUAUGGGAAAAACGAUAAAUAAAAAGAGUAUGCUUAGAUGCUAGAAUUCCAAUUAAAUUUGAAAAAAUAAAAAUAACAUGAACUAAAACAAUUAGAAUAAGCUUCCAUAGAAAAUUUAAAAAACGAAAGAGUAAAAAGUUAAGUCUAUGCCGCUCAAGGCUAGCUUGUUAGAGAUUAAUUUGGAAAUAUUAUUAAUUCAAAGUUAAAUCCAUCUAAUCCUAAUUACUAGCCUAUUGACUGGUUCUCUCAUGUAGCUCAUAAAGAUUAGUUUCAAAAUUAAUUGGCUCAAUCUAUAAGUGUGCCUUCUCUAUAAAAUGUUCCAGAUUUAGCAAUGUAUGACCCAGAGUUAAAAAGAUAGAGAGAAAUAGGAAAUAGGCUUUAAACUGCAAAGAGCUAGGUUAUGAAUAUGAAUUAAGAUAAAAUAGCAAGAGCAUAAGAGGCAUUUGAGAAUUCUAUUCCUCAAUAGAAUUUUUAGAGACCACCUCCAAUGAACUUAGCUGGAGAUGUAGAUCUUGUAAAAAUGAGGAAGAGAUAGCAAGCAUUAGAACUCUAAAGAGAACAAAUGUAAUAAAUAGAAGAAAAGAAAAGGUAGAAGUAACUCAGAUCUAUUUAAGAGUAAAGAGAAAGAGAUUUGGAAGACUUAAAAGUAUAAAGAGAAGUUGAUGAAUUAAAUAAAAGGUUAUUAAACGAUUUUCACGACUCUAAGUUGGGAAAUAAAAAUUUGCACGAAACUAAUUUUGAUAUAAAUGGUCUUUAAGUCUCUGCUCCUAAUAGAAGGUCUUAGUAAGAUGUAGAAAUAAGUAUUUCAUAGAGUUAGAUUUAAGAAGCCCCAUAACCUCCUCCUGCUCCUGUAAGAAGUUCAUUAAAGAAAUAAGUUGUAAUAAAUGACUUUGACAAUGACUAGUAAAAUGUUAGAGUUGAAUAAAGAAUUGUUAGAGAGCUUCCAAUAGAAAUCACAACAACUGUUAAAGAAACUCUAAAUAACGAGCUUUUCAGACUGAGAAAUGAAAUGCAAAUGCACUCUAACAGUCUAGGUGAGUAAAUACUAGGCAUGAAAUCUCAACUAAUGAAAGCUAAUGAAAGGAGAUCCUAAGCUGAAGAUGAUGUCAAAAAGUUGAGAGAAGAGCUAAAGAAAACAUAAUAUAUAGAUGAAAUACGUUAGAGAGAGCUAUAUAAUGCUUUUGUACUUACUGAUAAGCCUAAAAUUCAUACAAAUUCAAAUACUUAAAGAAUUUAUGAUGCAGAUUUAAAAUUUGAGCUACCGACAAGGCCAAGACCUUAUUAUAACAUGUAAGAUCCUUACCUUGAUAACUAUAAGCAGGAAUUUGAAAAAGAUAAUCAUGAAAUACUACAAAAUCAAACAAAGCAUAUUCCUGUGGGUGAAUAUGACUAUUCAGCCAAUGCAGUUUCAGAUAAAAGAAAAAUGGAUGAUUAAUAUUUUAUAGAUAAAUAAGAAUUCGAUGAUCUAGAAAAGAAAGCAUACAAUUUAGAUAAAGCUGAUAUUGCUGAUUUGCCAGAUGAUUUCUUAAAUAAAUAGAAUUUGUAUUAUAGUAAAUUGCCUUUAGAAGAAAAUAAUGAUGAAAUAGGUGAUUAUAAAGACUAUUUAAUGAAAAACUAAACAAGAUUAGAUAAAUUAAACGAAUUGGAUACUUUGGAAAGAAGAGGUGAGUUAGAUAAAUUGGAUGAAGCUUUGUUUGAUUUGGCUUCUCACUCUAACUAAGAAUCUCGUUUCAAAAAAAGGUACGAGUAAGAAGAAAAUUUGAAAGACAUUGAAGACUUUAUAGACUUUUAAACUAAAUUAAGUCGAUAUAGUUGA